AUGAAAGUCGUUUUUUCUAUCCUCGCUUCGCUGGCUCUCGCCAAUGCCCACUUUACCAUGCAGUACGUGUGGGUCAACGGUGUUGACCAAGGGAAGAACGUUGGCUUGCGUAUACCACCCAACAACAACCCGGUCACGGACGUCACCUCGAAAGAUCUCACUUGUAACGUGAACGGCUUGAGUGGUUCUGGGGUUCAGACGCUCUCGAUUCCCGCAGGUGCCACCAUCACACUUGAGUGGCAUCAACACGACCAAAGGACUGGCGAAGACGCAAUCUCCGGAGGACACAAAGGUCCUGUCCAGGUUUACAUUGCCAAAGCCCCCUCAACGGCUGCGUCAUUCGACGGCCAAGGUGCUGUUUGGACCAAAAUCUACUCCUCUGGCCUUCUCAACCCAAGCACUCAACAAUGGGCCACUGAUAUCGUCAAUGCCAAUGGCGGUAAACACAGCGUCGUGAUUCCAUCAUCGCUUCCUGCUGGGGAGUACUUGAUCCGUGGUGAAAUUAUUGCUCUUCAUGUCGCAUCGACUUACCCUGGCGCACAAUUCUACAUCGGUUGCGCACAAGUCAAGAUCAGCAGUGGAGGAAGCGCAAACCCACCCAAAGUCUCUCUUCCUGGUGCUUACCAGGGUAGCGACCCCGGUAUCACUGUCAACAUUUACAACAACCUGCAAAGCUACAUCGCACCUGGCCCCUCUGUUUGGAGUGGUUGA